AGAAUGCAGGGGAACAUAUUCCAUUCUCAUUUCCUACCACUGAUUUACACCCAGUAAGAAUAUCAACAUGAAGAACUGAACUGACCGGGGCUUGCUCUGAAAGUCAAGCUGAAGUCUGAGUAAUGGUCUUCAUAGUGCUAUAUGAUUAGGUCUAAUUUCUUAAAUAUGAGGAAAAAUGAAGUUUGUAAAUUUUAAGAUCUUUUCAUUUCCCGGUCAAGAGGCAGAAAAACCAGGCUUUCCCUAGAUUUGAGAACAGCUGGUCUUACCACUGAUUUUCACCUGUUGAGAGUGGUUAUGGUACCUAUGUAAAGAAAACUGUGCUUCAAAUAAGAAGAUGGAGAAUGGAGAAUUGCUGAAAGACUUGGGCACAUCCUUUAAUUUCAUGGAGCCUCAGUUACCUCACCUUAAAAGGGGAAUAAUAAUAAUAGCAACAGGACCUUGGAGGAUGUCUGAAAAAGAAUGGGAAAAUGGUUGUGAAACAUAAAAUAUUGGCUUAGUAAAAGAUGUUACUAGGCGAUUAUGCCCAUUUUCACUACAUGUGAAGGCCUACAUAACAUCUAAAUGCAGUUUCCAGUCCUAAUUGCAUAGGAAUGGGCCAGGGGUGGAGAAAGAUAGUUGGAGACUUUGUAAGAACUCGCCUUUUCCCUCCGCCCCACCCCGCCUUCACUCCCAAGGGCAAGCAACCUUUGAUUUCAAUAUCUCAGAUGCACUGAGAUAGUGGAAGAGUGAGGUAGUGAGUGGCUGCCACCUGCCUCUAGUCACUUUUGCCCUAGCUAACUUUUUUUUUUUUUUUUUUUAAUGAAGGAGAAGAAUUUAGGCGGGGGAUGGGGGUAGGUUUGUAGUUGGGAUUUCUUUAUUUUUGAAUUCGACCAUCUGAUUUUAUUUUGUUUUCCUGUACCUAUCCCCUUAAAUCUCAAGGCACUAUUAGUUUUAUAGUUUCAGUGUGCCCCUGGGGACAGAGCAGCUUGGUCCGCUCAUGAUCAUGCUAGAGUCCCGAAGCAGAAAGGGAAAAAUGUUCAGGCUCAUCUAUGCAACGGGAGAGUGUUCUGCUUAGAUUGCUCAGCGUCAGGUGAAUGACACUUGCCAGGGUUACAAAAGAGCUUCAGGAGGAAGACCUGGUCCUUGCACAAGCUUCUGUGGAUGGAGAAGGGGGAGGGCCGGCGCUCAGGUCCGCCUUGGCAACUUGGCUGAGGUGGGGUAGACCAGGGAGACACUGUAGCCCCCGCCGCCCACGGACGCUCCUCUGGCAGAGAACCGGAGGAGGCGCGGAGCCGGGCACGGCGGCCUGGCUGGGCGUCCGCUCUGGCCAGGAGUUGGAACAUUUCGAGAGGAGUCCUUCGGGGGAUUUGCCGAGCCCAGGCGGCCAAGGCAUUGGUCGCGCAGCAGCCGAGAGAGGCGCUCAGUUUCUGCCGCAUCCCCUCCCACAGCACUUUGGCCGACACCCACGGGCGCCCCGCCCCCCUCGGGCUUAUAGGACCGGCCGGGCACCUCCACACGCCUGGGAGCCGGACGCAUCCCGGAGCCGACUGCGCGGCUGCCUGUGUCUCCGGAAAGACCCGCCGCCGCUGCCGAAGUGGCGAAGUGAGGCGGCGGCUGAGCCCCGCAUCAUGGAGGGCAGCUCCGCCGCGGCCCCAGCCCCAGCCCCAGUCUCCACCGACAACCGCCGCCUCCCGCGUCCGGUCUGCCGGCUCUCGUCGCUGCUCUCAGAGCUCCGUUCCUUCCUCACCUCGAAGACAGUAUGAAGGAGACGCGGGGCCAUGAGAGUUCCCCUUCCUGCACGCGCCUCAACCACUCCUACCCCGGCAUCUGGGCGCCGCAGCGCUCCGCUGAGACGCGGAGCAACCUAACGCGUCCCGUGGAGCCCGGCGAGGAUUUCGGCUCGGUGUCUGUAGCCUUCCCGAUGACCAUGCUGAUCACUGGCUUCGUGGGCAACGCGUUGGCCAUGCUGCUCGUGUCUCAGAGCUACCGGCGCCGGGAGAGCAAGCGCAAGAAGUCGUUCCUGCUAUGCAUCGGCUGGCUGGCGCUCACCGACCUGGUCGGGCAGCUGCUCACCAGCCCGGUCGUCAUCGUCCUGUACCUGUCCCACCAGCGCUGGGAGCAGCUCGACCCGUCUGGGAGGCUGUGCACCUUCUUCGGACUCAUCAUGACCGUCUUUGGGCUCUCUUCGCUCUUCAUCGCCAGCGCCAUGGCCGUCGAGCGGGCGCUGGCCACCCGGGCGCCGCACUGGUACUCGAGCCACAUGAAGACGAGCUCCACCCGCGCCGUGCUGCUCGGCGUGUGGCUGGCGGUGCUCGCCUUCGCCCUAUUGCCGGUGCUGGGCGUGGGUCAGUACACCAUCCAGUGCCCCGGGACGUGGUGCUUCAUUAACACCGGGGCAGGGGGCAAUGGGACUAGCCCUUCGCACAACCGGGGCAACAUUUUCUUCGCUUCUUCCUUUGCUUUCCUGGGGCUGUCAGCGCUGGCAGUCACCUUCGCCUGCAACUUGGCCACCAUUAAGGCCCUAGUGUCCCGCUGCCGGGCCAAGGCCACGGCGUCGCAGUCCAGCGCCCAGUGGGGCCGGAUCACGACCGAGACGGCUAUCCAGCUCAUGGGGAUCAUGUGCGUGCUGUCGGUCUGCUGGUCGCCGUUGCUGGAACAUCUUGUAAACAGCACGGAGGGGCCCAGAAUGGAGGCUAACGAAUCAUGUAAUAGACUACUGUGGUAGUUUAUAUAAGAGAUGAUGACGGUCUGAAUUUAGGGUCAAUGGGAGUGAAAAUGAAAGAAGUGAUAGAUUUUAAAAGUAUUAGGAAGUUCAUUGGAGAAUUUGUGAUUGAUUGGAUGUGAGGAAUAUGACUAAUGAGGUGGAAUGAGAGAGAAAAAGCUAGACAGAGAGGAACAUAUGGAGAUAAAUAAAUCAAGAUGAAGCAAGGAUAACUCUUCAGUUUCUGUUUCAGGGGACUGGGUUUACUGAGACAGAGAAGAUUAGUGGAGGAGCAGCUUUGAAGAAGAUAAUGAUUUCAGUUUGAACCUCUGCUGAAUUUGAUGUCAGACAUCUAGGAAGAUCUGGGCUUUAGGCAGCUAAAUCAAUCAAUCUGGAGCUCAGAGAAGAGGUACAGCCUAGAGCACAUAGAUGGGUUUUGAAGUCAUUGGGCUAGAAGAAAUCGCACAAUGAGUUUAUGCGUAGUAGCUCCCUCCCAUUAUAUGAUAUAGGACUGAAAAAUGCUAACACUUUCAGGAUGGAUGGAGAAAUAGGAGCCAUAAAGGAGACUGCAAAGGGGCACUCAGAGAGGUACCAGGAAAAUUAGUAAGAAAAUCAGAACAAAUGGUAAUCUGAAUAUUUGAGAAUAUUUGGGUAAUGGCAACCUGAACUUAUUUGGCAACUUGAAUCUUAGGGAAGAGAAUGUUUCAAGAAAGGCUGGUAAGUGUCUGGUGGAUUUCAAAAAGCCCUUCUUGAGGAUUUAUGGGCACUGAGGUCAGGCUAUAGUAGGUUUAGAAAUAAAUUUGAAGAUAAAGAGGAUAGACGACUCUUUGGAGAAGUUCAGCUGUAGCUUCUGGAGCAGUAUGUGUAGGGAGGUAAGAAUUCCACAGGACGUUUUAUUUUCUCAAGGUAGGAUAAAUUUAGAUAUGUUAAAAUGAUAAUGGAAAAAAGCCAAAAGUUAAAGAUAAAAGAGGAAGGAGAUAAUUGAGAAAAUAAGGCUUCUAACAUUCAUGAAGGAUAGGAUCCAGGGCACAGACAGAGGCUGGUCUUAGCUAGGAGACAGGACACGUCUUUUGUUUGAACAAGAGGAAAGGAAGAAUGGAGAGCUACAAUGCUGAAUUUGGUCCUAAGAAGGUGAAAAGACCCUAAACAGCUUUUUUUUUCUGUGAUGUGAAUUAGAACAGUAGAAAAUGUGUAAAAUAGCCCCUGUGGUGAAUGAAAGCGAGAGAGAGAGAGAGAGAGAGAGAGAGAGAGAGAGAGAGAGAGAGAGAUGAGCUAACUAGGGAAUGAGAUAAGGAGGCUGGGGAUCAUGGAUUCAAAAAGAGAUCCCAGUGUGCCCAUAUUUACCCAGUGCCCAUCCCAAGUACAUCAUGUGUCUAUUUGGAUCCCCCUAUGAGGUAAAGUUCUCCCACAGCACAGAUCUAAAACUGAGUGUCAUUUUGACACGAAACAAAGUUAAAUAAGAAGUUAUAUCAGGUUAGAAUCACAGUAUUAGCCUGUGUUGUAUACUUACUCUGGCACAAGAGGGGAUUCUUUUGCAUAUCAUGGCUGUACUGUCCGUGAAUCUCAGAUGCCAGUACUUUACCAAUAAACAUCACAUUCCCUUUAAUAAAUCAAACUGAAUUUGUCUAUUAAGUUAAAUGUUUUGACCCAGUGUAAGAGUGUCAGACUGUUUACCUAUUAGUUGUUAAAUUAGUCACACAUUGACUACCUAAGAAUUCAACGUAAAAUGACCACGUGAUGGUUCUAGGAUGGAUUGUGGCGCUAAAAUUUUGCCAAUAAAUUAUAUAGGAGGUUAUUUUUUAUACCUAAGCUUUCAAGUACUCUAAUAUUAAUGCUUCUUUUCAAAGUGUGAAAGUAACACAUUUGUUGUGGAGAAUUUGGAAAACAAAGAAAAAUAUAGAUAAGAAAAUAGAAAUCAACCUAAUUUCCUACUCAGAGUUAACUGCUUCUAGUAUUUUUCUAU